UAUCGCUCCUCCCUGUUGUGUCAUUUUUCGUGUUUCAAGGAUUCUGCCCGCUCGUCUGUUGUUCACCAAGCGAACGCGAAAGCGGUUUGUUUGUUUCGCGCAAUUCUCAACACGAUCAUUCCGACCGGACCAGAGCAGGGCGUGAGAAAAACCACAUCAAAUCGCUCUUUCCCCGACCAAUACUUGGCCCGGUGGCGUAACAAUUUGUGUGCCGCUUGCCGCGUUUACUGUGCAGAGUGCGCGUGUGUGUGCGUGUGUGUGUGUGUUUGUGCGCCGUAUUGUUUGGCUCGGUACGUCGAAAGCAAAUGUUGUGAUCCAAUUAUUUCCCGCCAUUUCUUUGCAUUUCUAUGUUUGUGUGUUGGGUGUUGUACGAUAAUUUAUCGCUAAAGUGAUUUCCGUAGCAGUCGCCAAGGAGAUGGAGCUGAAAUAGAAGGCUACUGUGUGCGUGUGUGUGUGUGUGUGGCGGCUAAUGUAGAGCACACGUAAAAGCAAAACAAUCACGGCCACACUCGGUCGGUGGUUGACAUUGAGGCCUUCCUGCCCGUUGUGGUUGUUGGUUGGUUGUUGUUGUUGUUGUUGAUGAUAAGCAGAGGCGAUAGAUUCAGAUUUGAAACACAGUAACCACACAUCGUCCAGCUUUGGGUUCAUUCCAAAGGAAAAGAAGCGCCAUUUCGUUUUUUUCGGUAACUAAAAUCGAAGCAGGAGAAACUCACGCUCCCUUCACCCGGCUGUGCGUGUGUGUGUGGCAGACAACAAGCCAAUUGACAAAAAUGGCGAAUUUUGGCACGUUUCACCCCUCCUCCUCUCGCCCAUCGUUUUGACCAACAGACACCAGCUGCCUGCUGAGACAGGGCGAAGAACACAACAGAAGCAAUCCCUUUUGUGUGAUGCCCGGCAACGAUAUGUGCGUAAACACGCACACGAAAGCUACGAUGCGUAGUGUGCGUGAGUGAAUGUGCGCGCGUGUGUGUGUGUUUUGUGACGCUGUAGUUUUUUGGCCGGUGUUCAUGGUUCAGUUUCUUCUGUUUGUAUUUAGGCACCGUGUGUCGCACGCACAGCAGCAGCAGCGGUAGCAGCAGCAUCGUUGCCGCAGUGAUCGAAAAUAGAAAAUGGCGCGCAAUAUGUUGUGUUGUCGUUGUACAUGCUGAGUGUCCUUUAAAGAGCUCAAUCGAAUAAUGUAACAUGUGAAAUCCCGUGAGGUGUACUUUUCGUGUAUGGCUUAACUCGUAGCUUAACUAGCUUGUGACGGUGACAUUUGAAAGAGCGUCCUCCAUUUGCAAAACUAGUUGCCGCAAGGAUGUUGCCUGCCGACUUGGAAGGACUCCGCCGGUAACGGUUGACGCGCGGUGAACGCUUACGGGGAGGGAGGGCGGGAGAGACAGUAUCCUGCGCCGCUGCUACGGCAGAGGCAUGGUCUCGCCCUCGAAGGCCAAACUUUCCAGGAUCGCCGGUCAACAGCAGCAGCAGCAGCAGGAACAACAGGAGGAACAGCAGCACCGUCCGUCUCAGGCAUCCCAAAGGAAAGCGAACAACAAGGUGCAGCUGGUGAAGGGUCCGAAGCCGCUAGUGUACCAUCGGUUCUACCUGGACAUCGAGCAGCACCAGAUCGCGACGAAGAUCGAGACGACCAUCAAGCAGCUGGGUGGUUCGGUAGAAUUUUUCCUCAACAAGGAUGUUACGCACUUCGUAACUGACAAACUACAGCCGACUGCUGCUGUUGGCGAGACUGGCGAACAGCAGCGAGAGCAGCCGCCAUACUGUGCCUCGCCAUCGGGCGUCGUCAGCUCGGCCGAAAAUCCAGCGCGACCCGCGCAUCAACGGCAGCCGGCGCCGCUGCCGCCGCUGCAGCGCACCUCGCGUCAACUUCUUCAUCUGACGCACCAGCAGCAAACCCACGGUCAAUAUGUAAAUGAUUACGGACCGGCGACCAGUCGUACAUCGUCACCAUGUCCACCACCGAUAACAUCAGCAGCAGCAGCAGCAGCAGCAGCACCGUCCUCUUCCGCGGGAGCAUGCAUCACGACGGCCAGUGGUGCAGCGGCAUCCGCGCAGCAGAAGCACGUGGUGGCUGGGCCGGCAGCAGUCUCCUCCAGCACCACCGCGGCUUCGGUAGGGUUUGAUGGGAAGGUUAAGCCAAACCACCACUUGUCCUCCAGUCUGUCGGCAACAUCAUCAGCAGCAGCAGCAGCAGUACCACGCAGCCGUGCAGAUGCUAUGCUACAGCGUGUCCGGCAGCAGCAGCAACAGCAGCAGCAACAGCACCACCAUCAAGCACAGCCUUCCUACAGCUUGCUCCACUCGUCGCCCCUGAACCCAACGGCGUACGGUUCGACGCCCACGAAAGCCGCCACACCCUCGUCCAUUCACACGUCCUCCCACCACAAGCAGGCGCCCAGCCCGUCCUGCUACAGCCCGUCCGGGGCGGCCAUCACGCGCACGAGUGCGGCGACGACCACCGCCGCCAGCCGCCAGAACAGCCCGGUCCAUCAGGCCCGCUCCUGGGGCACGCUGAUCUGGAGUGCCGAGUACGCGCUCAAGUUUCUGCGCAAGGUGCUCGCCUCGCUGCCGCAAGCAGCGAACGGCGUUGGUGAUAGCUCCAAGGCUGGUCGAUUAGGGGGUGACGGUAGGACCGACGCUAGUGGGCGAUCGCAUCGACAUCACCAUCGGCAUCACCAGUCGCACGGUGCUCGACCGUCAGGCGGCCAGCACGUGCACCAUCUGCGCGGACGGUUCGUAAAGAUCGAGUCCCGGUCGGCCCCGGGCAACCAUCGGCCAGUGUACCAGGAGUUUAAGCGGUGGCCGGCGCUGUUGCUCACCGAUCGGGAACUGGCAGGGCGAAAGGCACCGUUUGCGGACGUGCACGAAGCGCCCGAACGGAAGCAGCAACCGGUGGAUGAGCAGAAGAGGAAGGGAAACGUAACGCUCGAACCGGGCGGUGGCGGUGGCACACCUGUGGAAGGGACGAGCACGAGUAGAAUGACGAGAAAGCUUGCCAGUGCCGCCAAUAACAGCGUUGCCACACGAACCACAACGACGGCGACGGGGAAGAGUGGUGAAACGGUGGUGAAGAAGCGCGCGCAGGACAAGGCUGCGGCUCCGCCCCGCGACUGUGGCUACUGCGAGAUUUGUCGCAUCGAGUACGACUCGCUGGCGGCGCACGUGCAAUCGGACAGCCACCAGACGUUCGUGCAGAACGACGACAAUUUUCUGUCCCUUGACCGGCUGCUCGAUUCGCUCGGUGGUGGUGGCGACAGCGACGAGACAAAGCUGGCGGAGGAGGACGGGUACGAUGGUGGUGAGGGUGGUGGUCCCGGUGGUGCUGUUGCCGUUGAGACCUUCUUCCAGCAGCUGCACAGCACGACCCGCAUCAAGCGCGGUCCGGGCGAGGAGCUGCUGUACGAACGGAGGAAGCCUCCAGCGUCCUCCGCCGCCCCACAACCGAAAGCAAUAGUAGGAGCGGGCGGAGGAGGGACAGGCGGAGACAAGCGGCAGGAGGAAGAAAAGGAGGAGGAGGACGGAGCAGAGGGGAGGCGAAACAAAGCAACCACGGUGACGGUGGCGGUGACGACGACGACGACGGCCGCCGCUGACGAACUGAUCGAACGACAACAACAAAACACAACAGCACCGAUCGGAGAAGAAGAAGAGCAAGCAGCACGCAGCACGCAGGUAGAAGCAACAGUGAGGCAAGCGUUGGAGGAAGAAAAGCCUGCAAAAAUCGCUACAUCGAAGGAAGGCGACGACGUGAAUAGUGAGGAAAAGAAGGGCCAACCGCGUGCGAAAGUGAAACGAAAGCGCACCGCGACAACAUCGACGUUGACGGGUGCCGACUGUGAGGAGGAGAAGUGUGAAGGGAAAGACAAGCACGGCGACAAAGACAAGAAGGCGCUGAUUAGGCUUGCGAUCCAGUCGGUGAUUGCCACGUUCGACUGUAGUGACGGGUUUUUGGCGGAAGUGGACCAAACGCUGGACGAUUCCGUACGGCUCGACGAUAGCGUGGUGGUUGAGAAGAAGAAGAAGGAGGAGGAGAGUGUAAAAGAACAGGCGGACAAAUCACCGGCGGUCGGUGAGAGUGGUGUUAGUGAUAAGCGUGCUGCCAAUAGUAGUAGUAGUAGAGUUAGUGUAACGAACCGUGAUAGUAGUGGCAAGAAGAAGGAGGAGGAGGUGUUGGUGGGUCAAAGGACGAGCAGGGUGCGAUCGUGCAAACAGCAGCAGACCGAGGCGGAGACUGCCGAAGUGAGCGUGCGUCGCAGUGAACGUAAACCACCGGGCUCCGCGUUUCGGGAAGUGAGGGAAGAGGAGGAGAAGGAGAAGGUGUUGAGCAAGCCAGCGGAGGAACCGGAAGCGGCGAGCGGUGAAGGAAUGUUUGGGCGACGAUCAGCAAUUCAUCAUCAUCCACAUAAUCAACUGAACCAUCAUAACCAUCAGAAGCACAAAUCAACCCUCAGCGCACUAUUGCUCAAGCAGCAGCAGGAACGAGCGCAGCAGCAGCAGCAGCAGCAGCAAGAGAAGGAGAAGCAGCAGCAGUGGGACGAACGCAAAGCGACCGAUAGUGCUGCCGUCCUCGAUCAUGCUGCCGGGAUGAAAGUGAUAACCGAUUUUCGCACCAAGCAGCAGCAGCAGCAGCAGCAAGAAGCAGUCGAGGACGACGGGGAGCUGGUCGCGCACAAAUCGGUCCUGCUGGUGGGCGUACCAGCAACGGAAGCAAAAGCACCCGCUGCCACCGAGGACGCAAGGCCAGAGGAAACGAGCACUCCGAAAACCGGCGCAGGUCGACGCAAGCGUAACCCGCAACGGGCGGAAGAGGACACAGCAAGCAUGGGUCUGAAAGCAUCAACGACAGCAUCGAUGAACAAACACCACCAUCAUCAUCAUCACCAUCUUAGCGAGAGCGGUAGUGGUGGUGGUGCCGCUGGUACAAAGACACGCCACGCGACCGAGCUGGCAGCGACGCUGCUCGAGUGUGACGGGCUCGAUCCGAAAAACACGAAGCGCAUCAGUCUCGGGCUGCGCCAGAAUCCCAAGCGAGCGAACCUGAACGAAGACUUCACCAGCCUGCUGGACGAAACGCUCGAGCGGUCGAAAAUGUCCGGCUCGUCGACGUCGGUACGGCGGACGGCCCAGUCGCGGAUACGGGUCGGGCCGAAAGCAAAGGAACAGCACACGGUGGUGGUGACUCCCAAGCAGCAGCAGGUGGAAGAGGAACCUUCCAAUCGUGUCUGUGAAGAUGAGGCGAAGGAGGCGCACGAUCGGCUAAAGCCUGCCGCCGCCACUGCUGGAUCAAACAAACGAUCGUCGGGCAGCGCCAAGAAGACGGUCACACUGGAGGACAUCAAAGUACGCGGUAUACGAUGGCGGGCGCCCAGUCCAAUGACGCGACCGCCGGUCAAAUCGCCCCUGCUGUACAAAGUGAUCGAUAACCAGGCAGGAGGAGAGGAGACUGUCUCGUCGAGCGGUGGCAUCAGCACAUCCCGUCCGACGGCGACGACGACAACACCAACCGGCCUGCAAGCGUCCCAACGAAAGGAUCCAACGGCCACCGGCGGCAGCGCACAACUGCCGAGCAGCGCCCAGUCACGGACAACGUGCAAAGCGUCCAAGGUGAACGGUGCGUCGCCGGGCAAGAAGAAUGGACUGAUCGUGAAGAUCAGGCGCGUGCGCCAGUCCGAGCUGAGCCUGCUGAACGACGAGGCGGAAAACUUUAUGUUCCCGCGCAAGGACGACAGCAGCUCGGACGAGGAGACGGACGACGGUCGGCAAACGUCGUCGGAAGGGUACCAGGGCGGCAGUGCGAACAACUACUCGGUCGAUAUCACUAGCAGCAGCGAGGCGGACCGGGGGAUGGCGACGGAAGACGCAACGACGAACGACGUGGUAAUGGAGAAUCAUUCGGAAGAGGACGAGGACGAAGAAGCUGCAGCGACGAGGGAGGAGGAAAAGCGCACAGUGACUGGUGGUGGUCGGAAGCGCAAAAAAGCGAUCCCUGCCAGCGGCCAGCGCGCCUGCUCGAUCGAAAGCAGCGAUCAUCGGUCGUCUCCCGUUUCGUCGCGUUCGUCGCCUACGCUACCGAUCGCGUCAAAGCGAGCGCGCCUGGAGACAGCGGCCCGCCGCAAAGCGCAACAGACGGCCGACUUUGGAAAGGGUCAGGAUCCCGUGGACGCCAGGGUGCGAUUUCCAGAGGCCCCCAUCCAGCCAUGCCCAGUAGCAGAAGCAGCAAAAACGAGUCCGUCUUCCACCGAUCGGGCGCGGCGUCGCCGCCAGUCGAGCGCGUCGGAAGACGGCCAACAACAUGAUGAUGAUGAUGAUGCCAACAACGAUGAUGCAGCACAGGUGGAAGAGAAAGAUGAGGAGGAGGAAGAGCAUGAAGAGGAGGAGGAGGUGAAGCAGGUAGUGGUGAAGUCGAGGCGCGGUAGAGGCGCAGGAAUGCGUGGACGUCGCGGGCAGAGGAAAGCUUACCGGGAAGACUCGGUCACGAGUACAUCUUCCACCACCGCCGUCAUUGGCCCUUGCCCCACGUGCAGUAUCGCAAAGGGUCGUGGACGGGGACGCCGUGGAGGUGUCGCCGGUCGACGGGGCCGCCGUGGUGCAGGUCGAGCCGCUCGAGGCAGUCGCCUGCAGGCCGGAGGUGCCGCUUCCUGUAACUGCCACUUGCUCGACGCAUCGCGAAUGCCACCACCCUCGAGCAGGCGGCGCACGAACGAGUCCGUCGAGCGGGCGGCCACCCCUGCCUCGCCACGCAAAGCGGGCACGCGUGCGUCCAAAACAAAGACGACACCACCGGGCGCCGUUUCUUCGUCGUCGUUCACAUCGUCGUACGGCGGUGACGGGGCCGCCAUGAUGGCCGGCGCCAGCCACAGCAGCUACAUCAAGGGCAAGGAGGAUGGGAUGGGGGCAGUAUUCAAGUGGAUCAACUUUCGCAAGCGCUGCGAAGAGAUCGAACCGUACCGGUUCGCGUUCGAGCGCGUGCCGUCGCUGGAACCGUGGUACGAAACGUUCCAGCGGCAGGACGACGGUACGGAGAAGGUGUACGAGUAUUUCGGCAGCACUGGCUACCGGAAACUGCCGUACGAGAUGGGACCGCUGCCGGCGCUGGGGCAGAACUGCUGCAUACUAAACUACAAGGUGGUGCCGGCGAGCCGGAAAUCGAAUCGAACCACCUCGCUGCAGUCUUGCUCCUCGGCCUCGCUGGAACCAUCGUCGCCGGGCGGCCGGAAGAGCUCGCGGCCCAGCUCGUCCGACGUGCAGCAAAGCUUUGGCGGGGCGGCGUCAACUGCCGACGAGCCGACGGAGUCGAAAAAGUGCUCACCCUCGUCGUCGCUUUCUUCGCUGCCGUUGAAGAAGCGCAAGCUGCUGCUGCAGGAAGGCGGCGGUGGCACCGAUGGCAGUGGCACUUCCAAAACCGACGCAGGAGGAGGAAGUGGCAGCAGCGCGGCUACGGCGGCCGGUGAAGCGAGCAGCAACAGCAGCCGGAUAGCGCGGCUCAUUGCGGGAGCGAACGAGCGGCCGCGCAAAUCGCCCCGCGAGCACGCCUCCACCCUGGCCAUUCUCAGCCUGCUGCAGCAGCAGCAGCACCGGAAGCGGGCGGGCACGAUCAAAAUUCUCACCAGCCCGCGCAAGGCGACGACGGCGACGGCAACGCAAACGACGGUCCUGCACGAGCAGCUCCUGCAUCAGGACGCUGACAGCAACGGGGAGGAGCCGAGCCGGUCCUGUUCGCGGGCCAGCGAUCGUGCCAGCUCGCGGGCGGGCUCGUCCACCGGCGGUAUCAAGUUCGAUCGGCCGCUCUUCCCGGACAGCAGCUACGUGAACAGCCGCACCCUGUGCCAGGAGCUGGACGCGUUCCUGUCCGACGAGCUGAAGCGCGUCACCGGCAGUAAGGACGGCGGUACGACGCUCGGUGCAAUCGUUAAGCAAGAGCGUUCGGAUACGGGCGAAGCGGAAGAGACGGAUGAGCGGAUUGCGAUCGACGAAACAGCGGACAAGAGCGAGACGCUACUGGAGCAGGAUGAUUUGAUGAUGGACCAGGAGCUACUUCUGCCCCCGUCGGUCGUGCAGGAAGGCAUCGCCAUCGAACGGAACGAACUGCCGGUAAGCAAGCGCGACCUGCUGGAUGUGCUGCAAACCGUCGGCACGGAACCGCCGCUCAGCCUGAAGCUUGUACAGCGCUGCGAAUCGGUGGUGAAGAAGAUCGUCCAGUACGAUCGGAAGGAGCGGCCGAUGGUCGCGAGCGGAACCGGCUCGGGGUUGGCCAUUUCGUCCGGCUCGCCGGUAAUUGGGCUGCAGCUGUUCGACAGCGGGUCACCGCUGGCCGCGUGCGGACCGGGCAGCGGACCGGGCAGUGUCGGUGGCACAUUCCUCAAGAAGCGCAUCAAUCGUACCGGUUGGCCGACGAACAAGCGGAAGAUUGGUACGCGCACCAGGCAGCAGUCACGCUUCAUGCUACCCUCCUCGUUGGCCGGGGGCAAGAAAUCGUUGUCGAGGGAGUCGAUCAAAAAGGAACCGGAAGAGCAGCGAGGGGAGGAGAAAGACGAGGAGGAGGAGGAUGGCUCGUUGUCGCAGCAGCAGCCGCAGCAGUGUGCGAUCAAAGUGGAAGAGUCGCUGCAAAGGCAUGCUGAGACCGAGGAAGAGGAUGAGGAAGAGGAAGACAACGAGGAACAGGACGAAGGGGAAGACAAUGACGAUGAAGCGGACGAGGAGGAGGAUGAGGAGGAGGAUGAGCACGAGGACGAGGACGAUGAUGCUGACACGGUGGUGGAAGAAAAGAUUCGUCCUGCCAGGGUCGGCGGAGCGUCUCGGAAGGACGUUGCUCAAGCAAACCAUAAAAAGACUGACAGUGUGCGCCGGAAGCAGCGGGAGGACGACGGCAAGGAGGAAGCCCGAGCAAACCACACACCAGCCGGACGGAGGGGAAGGAAACGGUCGGUUGGAGGGAAGCGAGGUGUCGCAAAGCGUGACCAUAUCAAUGCGGCUGCGGCUUGCGAUGACGAGCACGAUGACGACGAGCAGGCGAAGGAAGCGUUAGCAGCGACGACGUGUGAGAAAAGGCCGACAGAAAAGGACCGAAAUACUACGGUGCCGGGGCCGACGGUCGACACCAUGCCAACGCUUCGGGCUGCGCUGAUGCGAGACAACAGCCAGUUGCAGCGCCUACUUUCAUCGCCUUCUUCCAAGCCGCCCGCCUUUUCCUCUGCCUCGCCGUCCUCUAUUCUGGCUCCCGGGAGUCUCAACCGCGGUACGGUUCCGUUUACCACCACUCCCGGCCGGGGAGCGGUGGCGACAGCUGGUGGCGAAAAUGUGCCAUGUCCCCCGACGUCCUGCGCCCCUACCAGUGGACCAGUGCUGGGUGUAAACAGUUGCAAGUAUGUGACGAAAACGACCACCACGAUGACCCGGGUCGAUUACGACGGUGGCGGAGGGGGUGGGCCAUCUCCGCCCAAGCGAAAACAUUCCCGCGAAGACGUUGCAGCCAACAACGAGCAGGAGGAGCAUCAUCUCCCGAAGGAAGACGCUCGCCAGAAGCAGCAAACCGGUGGGGUAACGAAUCGUCACCGCAGUUCGGUUGCCCUGGCGACGCACGACAGCGACGACAAGGAGUGCGACUCCAUCAGCUCGCGAAGCAUCUUCGUUAGCGACGACUGUGAUACCACCUCGUCCUCGACCGCCAUAAACCCGCCCGACGAGCGGCCACCGUCGACGAGUGAACUGCCCUCCGCGCCGAACGAUCCCGCAGCUGUACCUUCCGCCCCGUCGCAGACGAAUCCACGGCUACCGGCCAUCCGGGUGCGGCGGAAAGAGAGCUCGGACAACGAGGAAACGAUCCACAGUGCCGCCGCCACCGAAGAGGAGGAGGAGGAGGAGGAAGAGCACUCAGUGAACGCUCCGCUGACCACUACCACCACCCACAAAGCCACCAAAUCGCCCCGAACGCCCAGCGAACGGAUACGCAACAAGAUGGUAAAGAACCGGCGUGCGGCUGUGCGUGCCGAUCAGACAGCGAAGGGUAGGGCGGGUGGUGGUGGCAAACGACCGCCAGCGAAGAAACACCAUGACGUACAAAUCCGUGCCGCUUCGUCGUCGAAAAGGCGGAAAUCAUCCUCCCUAGGGCCACCGUUGCCGCCUCCCUCGAUGAUGCCACUGUCGCCCCCGCUAACGACGUCCACCUCUUCCUCUUCCUCCUCAUCGUACGGUGCGGACGACAAGGCGCCGCUUUCACCGGCACCAGCAAAAGCACACGAUUGUGAGAGCAUCGAGGAGGAAGAGGAGCAGCAACACACCACCACCGCCGAGCAAUAUUCUUCCCGUGCCAAAGCUGGAGAAGGAGGAGAAGGAGGGGUUGUUCUCACGCCGUCGAAAAUAAAGACCCGCUCGUCGACGUUUGGCUACUCGCCGCCGAAGCGUACCUACGGUGCUGGCAAGCAAACGCCGAAAAAGCUUCCGUUCGUGAGUUUGAUCAAAACGAACUUUGUGCAGAGCGCAGCGGAGGCAACGACCGCAGCGGAGGUCACGCUUGUGAAUGGGAAGAAGGCUGUCGACGGCAACAGCACCGGGAAAGGUAAUCGUCGAAGGAAAGCGGAGGAAAAAAAGCCGCGAAAGCAAUCGACGUCACCGUCGGGAAGGAAGCCAAGUGCCGCCGGUGGGAGGAAAAAGAAAGACAGCGAACCUGUGGCUGACGAUGCGGCUGUUGCUGGUAGUGAUGUUGGUGGUACCACGGAUGGCAAGAGAAGCAAAAAGUUGACCCUCAAGGCGAAACAGUUGCUGGCCCGGAAGCGAUUGCCAAAGGCUGCAAAGAGGAAGGAAGCGGCUACUAGCGGUCAUUUCAAUAACAACAGCGAUGGCCACUCGAACGAUGAUGGUGAGAAGGAAGAGGAGGAUCCGUUGCUGUGUACCCUUACCACCACCACUGAGGAGCAGCAACAGCAGCAGGAGGAGGAGGAGGAAUGUUUGCAGGAAGUGCAGCAGAAGCAGCACCAUCUUCCGGAGCAGCAAUUCCAUCAUCAGCGGCAGCGGCGCGAAUCGAGCCGAGUGCAUGAUCUGCUGGAGGAGCAUUUGAUUGAAGAGGAAGAGGAAGAUGCUGCCGAUCAUCAUCACGAGCUAAUGGAGGUGGAGGAGGAAGAGGAGGAGGAGGCGCAAGAGGAGGACGAUGAGGUGGCGACCGAGCUGGAGGAAGUCGAUGAGGAGGAGCACUACGAGCUGCUCGAGGUGGAAGAGGUUGAGGAAGAGGAGGAUGGUGACGAUGGGGUGGACGGUGGUGCGGAACAUCUCCACCGGGACGAGGAGGACACAUUCCCUGCGGGGCAGGCAGAGCGCCAUCAUCAUCAUCACCAUAAUCAUCAUCACCAUCGGCAACAGGCGCGGCGAGAGGAUGAGAAACGGAAGCUCGUGAUGGCCGACCACGAUUACAGCGAUCAGCACGACGAUACCGAUCCACCGAUAGUGGAUGCGGAGUUCGUUGAGGUCGAGGAGCUGGAAGAGGAGGAUCAUCUCGAGGACGAUGGCGAGGAAGAGGAAGCGGAAGAUGAACAGGUGGAGGAGGAAGAGGAGGAGGAGGACGAUGAUGAUGAUGAUGAUGACGGUGAGUCCACCAUCACAACGCUAACAGCGCCUCCAGCGGUGGGUUUCGGAAAGCAGCAGCAGCACCAACCACGUGUGAAGCUAACGUUCACCUCGUCCGGUGGCACCUCGACGGUCGUGAUGACGUCAUCCGGGAUGGGAACGGCGGCUAGUACGAGCUCCAGCACUACAACGAAAAGCACCUUCAACUCCUCUUCGCCGAACAAGUACAGUCCGCGCAAGCUGCGCAAACCUCGUGGCCGAUGGUACCGGGAGCGAUGAGUGACGGGGAGUGCUGCAAUGGCGCCUCCAUCAUCAACACCACCAACAGCCACCGGAAGCUUCGUUCUGCUGGUGUAAGAUAUAGUGAGCAUACACUCACACACACACACACCCAUAAACGCAACCAAAACGUCCGGUGUGUAGAGAUGGCCAUAGCGUUCCGUGGAUGUGCUGCGUGUUGCCGGCUCUGUGCGUGUAUGUCUCUCAGUUCGUUUACAAAGGAUUUUUCAUUUUUUCCACCCCCGGCUGUUCGCAUUAUUCACAACUCAAUGGCCAAUAAGAAGGAUUUACCUUUGCAUUGUUUCUCGCGCGAGCUUGUAAAAAUAACGCUUUAACGAGUCCUUUGUUAACUGUCGCUUUUAUGUUCUUUUUUUUGGGUAUGUUACGUUUAUCUCGUGAGCUUAAAAAGGUUGGGCUAGAGAGCGGCGUUCAGUUGUGUAAAUGUAUUUUUAGUUUUUUUUUCCUUUUUAUUUAAGCAUUAGUUCGUAGUACAGCGCAAUUACAACACAGAGCUUCAGAAAGAGCCUCUAGGGCCAGAGGGAAGUUUUCGAAGAAAGCCCACGGAGUAUUAUGUGCAGAUUAUGUAAGGCCAACACAGCAACACCACUGCUAGGUUGCACAGGAACUAGGGCUCAAAGUUUGAUAGACAGAUGGGAGAGGAAGAAGCUUGAAAAAAGGGAUACGAAAACAGCCGAAAAGAGUGUGUGUGUAUAGACAACAAAAACAAAACAAAUUGAAAUGGGAUUAGUGUUAUUUUGUGUUUGUGCAGCUUAGGAAGGUUGCGAAGUUCUUCUUUUUUCCGUUUCGUGUCGUUUCGUUCGUUCUUGCGCGUGUGUUACGCAGGGAGGGAAUUGUCUUAGUGUGUGCCAAGCAGCGCAGCUCGAAUCGAUGCGAUACAGUUUCUUCUACCAAAAGUAAUACGCUCGAGAGAAGAGACGCCGGAGUAGGAAAAAAGAAACAAGAAAUCGGUACCGAGCUCUAAAUGUGAAUGGAUGAUAGGAAGGCGUAGCUGUGUAAGUGUUGUUAAGUCAGAGAAACUCGAGGGAAGAGAGAGAGAGUAAAGAACGUGUGCAAGAAAGCGAAAGCUGAGGAAGGAUUGACAGGACAAAAGAGAAAACGGGGCUCCAACCAGCCUUGAGAACGAAAAACUGCUACAAAUUGAAGAAGAAAAUAUUACUUGAAAAUUAA